ACGGCAGCCUGUCUCGGGGCUUGCAUGUUGACUUGCCGUAACACAAGCAUAACACACGUGUCCAAGGAGUGCCCAGGCCGGUGCCUCGGGCGAAACAAAUGCGACGGCUUUCUUUCAUCCACGCCCACAGCGAGAAGCUCUCAUUUCGUCCGUUAACGGCUACGCUCCGUCCUGGUUUAGCAAGUCAAAAAUAUCCACGUUGGGAGAGGUUUGUCAGAGCUGAUAAGGCUGCACAUUAGCGAGCACUUAAGCAGAUACUGAUGUGAAGGAGGAUGUCCACUUAAAAACAUCAAAUAAGGAAAUAAAAUGAAGCUAAUAUAAGUAAUCACUUAAGAAGUUCAAUUAUUUGUUGAAGGGAAGCAAACAAUCUCUGAGUCUGAGCAUGGAGCAGAUUCCAGGCUUUACACAUGCGCUGUUAUUUGAUCUUCCCACAGCUGCUGUUAUUCAGUCUGACAGACAUGCAGGCAGCUGGAAUGCAUCUCUGGACCACUUGGUUCUGGAGUCUGUAAUGGGAGCUGGAUGCGUGCUUGUUAAUAUAUGUACUAAAAUCUCAUUUGUGUGUUGUUACUGUCUUUGCUUCUUCGGGAACUCAAGGUGUGUUUUGACUGUAUGCUGAAACCUUUUUACUCUGCAACAGAAUUUGGCUCAACCUGUGCUGUGUAAGUAAAAAUGCACCAUAUAUUAAAUCUCAAUCUUCUGCAAUAUCGCAAAUGCAAAGAAGUGCCUGGUUAUAAGAUUUGCUAAGGUAUUGUAUUUUAAGUACCAAGCAUGCAAAUUCUUUAUGGUAAUAGUAUUUUUCAUCCUUUUGGAAAGACUUUAAUUGACUUUAUGCCCACAGUGUAUCAUGAUUGAAAGAGAAAAAGGAAGAAAAGUGUCAUGUGUUGUAAUGUGUUGAAUAUUUGAUCAGCAGGAAAGGUUUUACGCCCUCCAAUCAUCCUCAGAGGUUUAGGGUAGUUUUUUUUUAAACUAAAUUUCUACUUUUGUUCUCUGAUUUGGCUCUGGUUAUUACACUGGGAUAAGUGGGAAUAGCCCAGGAUGUUUGCUGGUUACUUGCUGGUUAAGAAACUUGGAUCUCCAUGAUCGGUUCUCAGGGAGAGGAAACUUCCAUACAGAGAGAGGAAAGAGACCCAGAAGAUUCCAGGCCGUCAUGACUGUUUGGUCUGACGCCUGUUCGGAAACACAAGCCCUGCUUCUCAGAGGAGAACGCAGCAAAGAUGCUCUUGGUCGCGAUGAUUUGUAACCUCACGAGAAAUGCCAUUUUUAUGCUCUCUGUCGCUUGUGUUUUGGACUGACCUUCACUCUUUACUAACAUGUGACUGUCUUUUAACCAAUGGGCAAGACACUUCCCUGCAGGGAGCUGCUUCAUUCUUUGGGACCCUCUCAUCGGACCGCAGUCUUCGGCUUUACAAGGGAGUGCGCUGUUGCAUGAUGGGAAUUUGUUCGGACGCCCUCUUAUAACUCGUAUUUUCUCUUUCUCUCAUUGCUUCUCUGCCAGCGGGACUCCCGUUUGCAAUACUCAAUUUGCUGCACAGGCCUUUCCGCCGAGGCUUUUUCUGUAAUGACGAUACAAUCAAGUACCCCUAUAAAGAGGACACCAUUUCCUAUCAGUUGUUAGGAGCUGUUAUGAUUCCCUGCACAAUACUCAUUAUGGUCUUUGGCGAGUGCCUUUUAGUUUAUCUAAAGCGCAUCGAGUCCAAAUCAACGUUCGGCAACUACGUUGCCUGUGUUUACAAAGCCGUCGGUACCUUCAUCUUCGGUGCCGGUAUGAGCCAGUCUCUGACGGACAUCGCAAAGUAUUCGAUCGGCCGGCUCAGGCCGCACUUCCUUGACGUGUGCAAACCGGACUGGAAACUCAUCAACUGCUCAGCAGGCGUAUACAUCGAAAACUUCAACUGCACCGGAAAUCUGAAGAUGGUCAACGAGGGCAGACUGUCGUUCUAUUCUGGCCACUCGUCGUUCUCCAUGUACUGCAUGCUGUUCCUCGCUCUCUACCUGCAGGCGCGGCUUCAGGUCCAGUGGGCGCGGCUGCUCAGACCAACCCUCCAGUUCUUCCUGAUCGCUGCCUCGGUGUACACCGGCCUGUCAAGGGUCUCCGAUUACAAACACCACUGGAGCGACGUGCUGACAGGGCUGCUGCAGGGCGCAGGCAUGGCUCUGCUGGUGGUCUUCUUCAUAUCGGACUUUUUCAAAACAACAGAGUGCCGUAAAGAGAUGGACAUCCCUCACACAACGCUGCAGGAGACCCCCACAAACGGGAACCACUUUGAGAGUCCCAACUAAGCUAAGUGGAGCUAAGCUAAGAGACCUCUCCUUCCAACGCACGCCCAGAAUUCCAGCUUCGAAGCCUUUAAUCCCGAGCAAAUCCCCCAUUCAAUACACUGCAUGGACGUCUAGUUUGAAUUACCUGAUUAUUCCUCAAGUAAUCUGAACUCAGAACCACACAUGGCCUCUUUGAAUUUCACACUUUAGGGUUUUUCGUGCUUGUUUACCAGUGUGCUUUGUGUGAAAGACGGAUUGUGAAAAGUGUCCAGAUGUAGAUCGCAAGCUGAAGAUGGGG